AUUUUUUGUUCUUUUAAUGUACAUGGUGACCAACCCAUUUGCCUCUCCACCUCCUGAUUCCCCUCAUCCUCCAACAUCUUCGAUCCUCUCGUCUCUCGAUAGCUGCAUAUAUGACUCAACCGAGUCAAACCCCUCGAAUCCUUCUCCUUGUGGUCUCACUUACAUCCCUCUGUUUAUCACUCUCCUUUUCCACUGCUUCUCCUCAGACCGAUCAUCGAUACAAUGUGGGCGAUCACGUCCCCUUAUUCGUCAACAAAGUGGGUCCUUUGAACAAUCCCAGUGAAACCUACGAAUACUUCGACUUACCAUUCUGCCGCCCAGAUUAUUUGGUCAAAAAGAAGGAAUCACUUGGGGAAGUUUUAAAUGGUGAUCGUUUAACCAAUGCUUUAUAUGACUUGAAAUUCAGGGAGGACAAAACUGGGGAGAUUUUGUGCCACAAGGAGCUUAAAGGAGAUGAAAUUGCUAAGUUCAGGGACGCUAUCACUAAUGAGUACUACUUUCAGAUGUACUUUGAUGAUCUUCCAUUAUGGGGUUUCAUUGGGAAAGUUGAAGAGGAAAGUUGGGCACUUGAUGGAAAGGGCCCCAAGUACUAUCUAUUCAAACAUGUUCAGUUCAAUGCAUUUUAUAAUGGCAACGAAGUCAUAGAAAUACGUGCUUUUAGUGACCCAAAUCAUGUUGUUGAUAUAACUGAAGAUGUAGAGACCAAUGUUAAGUUCACUUAUUCUGUCUUCUGGAAUGCAACCACCACUCUGUUUGAGAACAGAAUGGACAAACACUCAAGGGUACACUGGCAAAUUCAUUGGUUCUCAUUCAUUAACUCAAUUGUGCUCAUUGUGCUACUAAUGGGUUUGCUUAUAGUGCUUUUUAUGCGGCAUCUCAAGAAUGAUUUGAAAAAAUUUGCUAGUGUAGAUGAAGAAGAAGAUAAUGAGGUUGGUUGGAAAUACAUUCACAGUGAUGUAUUCAGAUGUCCCUCUCAGAUGCUCUUGUUUUGUGCUAUUUUGGGCACUGGCACCCAGUUGUUGACCCUGGUUUCCUUUUUAUUUGCUUUGGCAUUUCUUGGCAUCCUCUAUCCCUACAGUCGUGGAGCUUUGUGCACUUCUCUUGUGGUGAUUUAUGCCCUUACAUCAACGGUUUCUGGAUACAGUUCUGCUUCGUUUUACAGUCAGUUUUCUGAAACUGGAUGGGAAAGAAGUGUUCUUCUAUCUGGGGUUCUCUACCUUGGUCCAUUGUUUUUUACGGUGUCUAUCCUCAACACAAUUGCAAUAUUUUAUGGGGCCACGGCAGCGCUUCCAUUUGGCACUAUUGUAGUGAUUUUUCUUGUAUUUACAGUUGUCAGCAUCCCAUUGCUUGCCUUUGGUGGUGUAAUUGGGCACCGUUCUAGAUCCAGAUUUGAAGCGCCUUCUAUGACAAAGAAAUUCCCGAGGGAGAUUCCACCAUCAGCUUGGUACAGGAAAACAACUGGUCAAAUGUUUCUGGGGGGGCUUUUACCUUUUAGUGCAAUUAUACUUGAGUUACACAACUUUUAUGCAAGCUUAUGGGGCUACAAGAUCUUCACUGUUUCCAGUAUUCUGUUUGUAACGUUCAUCAUCCUCAUCAUACUCAUUGCAAUGUUGAGCGUUGGUUUGACAUACAUUCAGCUGACUGUAGAAGACCAUGAAUGGUGGUGGAGAUCUGUUUUGCGUGGGGGCUCCACUGCCCUAUUCAUGUUUGGCUAUUGCUUCUGCUUCUAUGCCAAAUCAAACAUGAGGGGUUUUUUGCAGCUGUCCUUCUUUUUUGGGUACAAUGCUUGCAUCUGCUAUGCAUUUUUCCUGAUGCUCGCUACAAUCAGUUUUCGUGCUUCCUUGGUGUUUGUUCGCCACAUUUAUCGUGCUGUUAAGAAUGAAUGAAUGAACUUGCGUGAUAUCUUUUUCUCUAUGUUUCUUCCAACACAAAAUGGUCACAAAGUGUAAUCAGCUAACUUCCUAACAUCUCGUAAUUACCCUAUUCUAGAGAAAGAGCGAUGGCAUGAUCAACAGAAAUUAUAGCGUCUAAUUGUUUUUCAUUCCUGGACUUAGCUAAUCUCUUUGACAUUUUGAAGAGAGAAAACCAUAUGGAUUUUUACAGAUUUUGUUAAGAAACUGGAUUCUGGACACCAAAGGCGGACCUGGCGAUACCUACUUCUGAUGGCCAGAUGGAGGUUGGAUAAUAGUACAUAACCCAUUGGUGGUAUUUUGUGUUUUUUGUUUGUUGUUUUCGUUUUUGUUAUUUUUGUUUUUCUGUUGAUCUUGUGCAACCCUAGCUUGAUGGGAACAUCAAUACUAUAGAUUAAGAAUCAACCAUCCAAAAACUGUACAAUAAGCUGGUAAAAGAAGUGGUUUUGUCAACCAUUGCUGAUGUUGAUGCUAUUUCCA